UAUCAACAAUAUGAGCAACGUGUAAGCAAAGAUGCUCCGCUUGUUGGCCUUAUUAAUGAUCUGCUUGGGCUGCCUGGACAAAGUGCAUGUGUGCAGGGCUCACGCUGAGCCCGCCGCGAGCUGCGGCUGUGAGAGUUUGAAGAGAGACGCGGUUGUUGGGGACAGCACAGCAUCGGAGGAGCCGAGUGUCAAAUAUUCCAGAGGCGCCAAUGAGAUGGAGUCUGACACACGGGGAGGCCAGAGGAUGCUCAGUCAGAUGGUGCUAAUUUCUGGUGGCAAAUUUCUGAUGGGAACAGACAACCCGGGCAUCCCUGCUGAUGGUGAGGGCCCUCAGAGACAAGUCCACAUGGACUCCUUCUACAUAGACAUCCAGGAGGUCACCAACCGACAGUUCCAGAGCUUUACCAAUGCCACAAGCUAUGUGACAGAGGCAGAGAAUUUUGGAGACUCUUUUGUUUUUGAAGGAAUUCUGAGUGAGACAGUCAAAAACCAAAUCAGCAAAGCGGUGGCUGCUGCCCCCUGGUGGCUUCCAGUCAAAGGGGCAAACUGGAGACAACCUGAGGGCCCUGAUUCCAGUAUCAAAGAUAGGCUGGAUCAUCCUGUUCUUCAUGUAUCCUGGGCAGAUGCUAAUACCUACUGCACCUGGGCCAACAAGAGGCUUCCUACAGAGGCAGAGUGGGAGUAUGCCUGCAGAGGCAAUUUAAAAGACAGACUUUACCCCUGGGGAAAUCGACUGAACCCAAAAGGGCAACACUAUGCCAACCUCUGGCAGGGGGAGUUCCCUCACAAUAAUUCCGCAGAGGAUGGUUACAUCAAAACCUCACCGGUGAAGUCUUUUCCAGCCAACGCUUUUGGUCUGUUUGACAUGGUGGGCAAUGUGUGGGAAUGGACGUCAGACUGGUGGACUGUUCGUCACUCAACCGAACAACAAAACAAUCCAACAGGUCCUCCAUCAGGUACUGACAAAGUAAAGAAGGGAGGGUCAUACAUGUGUCACAAGUCAUACUGUUACCGGUACCGCUGUGCAGCGCGAAGCCAGAACACCCCAGACAGCUCUGCCUCCAAUCUGGGUUUUCGUUGCGUCUCUCAGGAGCCCCAUUGACUUACACUCAUGCACAUAAAACACAUUUAAAAAUAUUAUUAUUAUUUUUUUUUAUGUUUUAAGAUCAGGUUCCAGCAUUUGAAAAUGUAUCUGCUGCUUUACUGCAGAAAGUGACUUAACUAAUGAUUUCUUGGAAUUUUUAUUUUGUCUCAUUUUCAUGAAAAAUGAAUAGAAAAUAUUUUUUGAAAUCAAAGUUGUCUGUAUGUCGCUGAACAGUUAAGAGCAUCACAUCUCCAUCUAUAAAAGAGUUAUUUUUUCAUGUCAAAUUGUCAGUGAGGGAGAUGGGAAACUUUUAAGCAUAGCAUUGAGGCAAUAAAGAAUUUUUGUAAAGUUUAGUAAAGACCAAACAGCUACAUAAUGAGAUCAUGGAACUGUAAACCUUUUCUUCAUCUGCUGACAAUCUGUGAUGAAUAUUUCCCUCAAUUGUCCAGUCGACACCCUCUAUUUCGAGUUAAAAUCUUAACCUCCAUGUCAAAUUCCUUAAAAAGAAUUAACAUGAAUAAAUAAAUGUUUAUUCUGAUCAGUUGAGCAGCAAUUAAAUGAACAGUGAUAUUUUUUAUUAAGAUAGAAUGCCUGCUUAUCGAAAUAAAUGAAGGUUGUGUUAAAUCGAGACAGGCGUAGCCUGGGAAAAGGAACAGAAAAGAUUGUGUAUGUUUGAAAGUAUAAGUCAUUUAUCUGGGCUUGUUUCUGAAGGGUGUAACAUCUGUUUUUUUUUUUUUUGCCUUAUAAGGAGUAGAACUUUCUGGCACAUUCCACUCCACACCCUACUCAGUAUAAGAUAGCACUUGUCUAGACAGACACAGCUCGUGUAACUAUCUGUCUCCAACGUGUUGUUGCUCCUUGCCAAUAAACGCCAGACAACU